UCUCCUUUUUUUUUUUUCUCUUUUUUUUUCAGAUUUAUAUACAUAGAAAAAUGGAAAAGUGGCAAGGGUCUUUUGCACAAUCGCAAUUAGAAAAGUUUGGUUGGUCAAGUGGUGAUGGUCUAGGUAAACAUAGAGAUGGUAGAACCAAACAUAUUUCUGUCACUAAAAAGAGUGACAAGAAAGGCGUUGGUGUUGGCCAAAGUCAAUGGGAAUUUGCUUGGUGGGAUCACUUGUACAAUAAAAGUGCUAGCGAAGUCACUGUCGAAAAGGAUGAUCAAGAACAGAUCAAAGUCACCGCUAACAAAAAGAAAACCAAGACUGGUGAAACAAGCGAAAUGCGACGAUCAGUAACAGGUAUUAUUAGUACUGAACGUCCUACUGGAAAAACUAUCUCUACAACAUCAUCAACAACAACAACAUCCAUGUCUUCUAUGGCUAGUAUGGCCGAUCAGAUCAAUGAUACUGUCGACUCAAUGGUGAAAGAUCUUCAUGUCAAUGUUGCUCAACGGAUUGCUGCUAGUGCUUUAUAUGGUGGUUUUGUCAAGAGUUCAACUGGUGCUUAUGAUCCGUAAGUAAUAACGUUUAGCUAAUAGUGCUCUAUGAGACUCUUAACAUGUUAUUUUCUGUCUUUUCCAUUUUUUGACCCAUAUCAUAUUAGAUCUACACCCAAUACACCAAGCGAAACGACAACAAGCUCAGACAACAACAACGAUGAUGACGAUGAUGAAGAUGAUGAAGAACUGAAGGAUUAUUCGAUCAAGAUGACUGAUGCAGAAUUGUUUGCUGCUUGCGAAGGACGAACGGCAAGAAAAGGAGGACGUGGAUUGGUGGAACAAAAAGGAAAAUUUGCUCGUGUUAUGCAAGAAUACCUCCAGCAUACAGACGAAAACGACAAUAUCAAAUUGGAUCAUAGUACCAAGAAACGAAAAAGAGAUACCGACGACGAUGAUGAUGACAAGACAAAGAAGAAGGACAAGAAGAAGAAGGACAAGAAGGAAAAGAAGGAAAAGAAGAAGGAAAAGAAGGACAAGAAAGAA